AUGUCAGAAGCUUCAAAGAAGGCGUGUAGCUGUAAUUUAAAGGACAGCAAUGCUGGCCCACCACAGCUGGCUGUUGGUCUUCCAUCCAUAAAAGAUGUUACAACAACAAUGAAACAGCCAGAUCUACCCGCUGAUGUUCUACUGUUAACUGUUAAGGACUGUGAGUUCUUAUCCUGUUACAAUGAGCUAAAAGAUCCUUACAGAUAUUAUUACAAGGAUGUUGGUUUCGUUUACUUCAACAACGUUCAAAGUCAUGAAGAGAAAGUAAAAGUUGCUCUGCUAAGAUGUAAUAAAGGUUCUGUUGGCCCAAGCAGCUCUCUGAUUGCUGUCAAGAAUGCCGCCCUUCUUUUACAACCCAAGGCCGUAAUAUCUGUUGGGGCAUGCUGUGGUCUCAAUCCUGACAAAACUAAGUUAGGGGACGUUGUUGUAUCAGCCAAACUAACAACAUAUGCAUCCAAAGUGGUGACAAGCGACCAAGAGCAGUCAGCUGGCAUGAGUAGUCAUGUGAGUAGGCUUUUCUCAAAAAUAAUCUCGAACUGCGCUGAUGGAUGGCAGGCACCUUUAAAAAACCCAGAAGAUCGUCAGGUCAAAGUUCACUGCAAUGGCGAGUUCCUAAGUGGCCCAGAGCAGAUCAGAGCUCAAUGGCGCCGAAAGGAACUUGUCGACCGUCACCCCCUCGUGGCAGGAGUAGAGAUGGAAGGAGAAGGUGAGUGCAUGUCACAUUAGCUGUGAACAAUAGCGUUCUUAUACAUGCAGCUAUUUCAAUUUACGUUGUCGUAUAAAGGCUUAAAGCCUACGUCGCAAGGACGCAAGGUUAUGUGGGUAGCUGUAGAUCCUUCAAGAGGUCAUAAAGGUGCAGUUAACAGUACCAUAGAAUGCUUUAAAACGUCACAAACGUUUAACUUCACGGCUGGGAUUGGUAAAUAUUUAUGAAAUACACUAGAGUCCAGUUUCGAAUUCGAUAUGAGCGCUGAAUAAAGAAGUGAAGACGCAUUUUUUACAGGCUUAGCCUCCACUAAAAGUAAAUGUAUUCACAAAUUCCGCUGUUUUUUACUCUGUUUAUUGUGUAUUCUCAGAUUUCAAACACUUACUUGCCGAAAUUUGUGAAUAUUUUACUUUAUGUCGAGGCUAACGCUGUAUGAAUGUGUCAUUAAUGUUUGUAUUCAGCGGUAAUUUUUAAUUCGAAAAAGGACUAUUAGCCGUACUACUUUGCAGUCUCAGCAGGUAAGUUUUUCGACAUCUGUUUUGGGAUACAUGUAUUACUAAAAGUGUUUGAAAGAGUGUUUGCAAAGGCCAGUUUUUUUGUAACGAAAGAACGAAGGGAGGAUACGCGCGCACGACGGGAGAAAAGGUGAGGAGGCCUCCUCUCCCCUUCGCGUGUUUUGCUUGCGCUCUCUAAAAAGCGGACCAAAAAAAACUAUCUGGCGCCUGCCACGCAGGCUAUUGAAAGAGCGACGAAAAGAUUUAUUUUGAAUACUUACGUGGUAAUUACUUUAAGUCUUAAGGUAUUAGGUGUUUACACACUUGACUGCAAUAACUGGUGCACUCUUGGCGUCAUUUUCGCGCAAUAAUUAUAGAGUAAAAUUAAAUAAGAAGCAUACAUGUCAUCGCUAAAAUAAAUGGGAACAUAUGUCUGUGGUAUUAAAAUCUGAUCUGGGAUCGUCUGAAUACGUAGGACACAAACAGCUUUCGAUGAAGAUGCAGAACUUUACAGCUGCAAACUUAACUUAACGGAACGCCAACGGAAUGUGAAAUGAACUUUUUCACUUAUACAAUAAAGUAAUUGAAUGAAACGUGUUCAUUGUAAGAAAAUUGCUGUCAGCAAAUCAAAAGAAACGGCGUGAAAAUCAUAAUCUGUCGUACUUAGCUGUUGUUGAGGUCUGGCAUACCUUGAUGGUGUUUUCUUGUCUCUGGUCAGUUAACGUCCAGUUUGUAAUUAGAAAGACAUUUUUGUGAAAGUUUAUCUGUCAAAAAUUAUUGGAAAGUAAAGAAUUACACAUGCGUCUAUGCGCAAGGCAAUUAAUUUUUUAGUUUCUUUAAUCCAAAAAACUUGAUUUCCUUAAAAGAAUACUUCCUAAUUGUAUUCCUUAUUUCAGGUGUUUUCACGGCUGCAUUUGAUUCUCAACUCGAGUGGCUCAUUGUUAAAGGGAUAGCUGAUUUUGCGGAUGGUGAGCAAGUGAAUGCAGAGAGAUGGGAAGUCUGUGCUAGUGUGAUGGCAGCAUCUCUUGUCUCACACAUUUUAAGUGAUCCUAGUGUUUUUCGCACUUGGCCUCAUCACUCAGGUAUAUUAUAA